UGACAACUACCACCAUCACUCCCAAAAAUAUGAAAAAUACACCCAACAACCAAAGAACAUAAAUAAUAAAUAUAUACCUAAAUAUAUUAUAAAUUUAAGCAAAAAAAAAAAAAGGAAAAAAUAAAAAAAAUGAAAAAUGAAAGAGAGUUCCAAAACGAAGGCAUACCAUAUGAAGUUGAAGUUUGUUGAAGGCAUCAUCGGAUUGAGAUAUGGCUGCCACAACAAAGUUUAUGCAACACCCAAUCCCAGGUCCACACGUGUUCCCUCGGAAACCAGUUAUUACCACCAAACUUGUUCAAACUCCCAAUCUCAACAACAAGCCCAUCAUUAUUGGAUUCAAAUCUCCACAAAAUAGAUUUAUUAACAACCAUAUAUCUGCUGCUGCUGCUGCUGCUGCUCUUCAUAAUGAUUUGAGAGGAGAACCCACCGCCGCCAUUAAAAUACACCUUUUCGCUGCACUACAAGGGAUCAAUAGAGGCAUUUUUGGAGUGUCGUCGGAAAAGAAAUCGGAAAUUGAAAGCUUUGUUCACCUUCUCGAGUCUCUAAAUCCCACUCCUCACCCUACUCUCUCCCUACAUAAGAUAGAUGGAAAUUGGAGGCUUAUUUACACCACAAUUACUAUUCUCGGCUCCAAACGAACUAAAUUGGGAUUGCGCGAUUUUAUUACUUUGGGUGAUCUUUUCCAGUCCAUCAAUUCUGCUCAGGGUAAAGCCGUUAACACGGCCAAGUUCAGUGCCAGAGGUCUGAGUUUGUUGAGUGGACAUUUAACAAUUGAAGCUUCAUUCAAGGUCGCCUCAAAUUCGCGAGUUGAUAUCACGUAUAACAAGUCAGCGAUCACUCCUGAUCAGCUGAUGAAUGUGUUCCGCAAAAACUAUGACCUUCUUCUUGGAAUAUUUAAUCCGGAGGGCUGGCUUGAGAUCACAUAUGUUGAUGAUUCUUUGAGAAUCGGCAGAGAUGACAAAGGGAAUAUCUUCAUCUUAGAGAGACUACUGGAGGAGGGUGAUAACCCCUGAUCGAUCGAUACAUUAUUUGCUGACUUACGAUUAUUGGAACGGAUCCGCAUUUUUGGCUAUGGUUAGCUAAAGAUACGAAAAUCCCAUUUUUUUCGUUUUCUUUUCAUUCAUCUAGAAUUAUGUGGAACCAUUAUACUUCUAUUCUUCCAGUUACAUCUGGAGAGAAGCCACACCCGAAACUUCCUUUAUUUAUUGUACACUGUUGUUUCUGUAUUGCCUCUGACCCUCUUAUGUAAAUAUUGUAUUAAACGAAAAUAAACAGACUUCAUUACUCUUGGUGCAAAAUAUACAUACCUAUGUUAUUUACUUA